GCCCCACGCCCCACGGACUACGGUAAGCCAGCGGACGAGCCGCCAUCCGCCACGCCAUGGCCUCUCUCUUCGCCCCGGCACGCCGCCUGCUCAGCCUUGGCCGCCGCCGCCACCGCCGCGGAGGACAGCUCCCCGUGCCCCCCUCGUCUCGUAGCAACAGCGCGGAGGAGCGACCACCGCCGGCGCGGUCGCUGAGCCUUGAUUCCACGCUGUUUCCGCUGGGCCACCCGAGCACACUCCUUGUGCCGGAGAUCGAACUGUGGGCGGCGCGGCCCAGAAACCUCCUCCGAGCCGUUGAGCUCCAACGCAUCGUCAAGGAGCUCCGCAAGCGCCGCCGCCACCGCCAGGCCCUCGAGGUCUCUGAGUGGAUGAGUCUCAAGGGUCACGUCAAAUUUCUGCCAAAGGAUCAUGCUAUUCACCUGGAUUUAAUUGGUCAAAUCCAUGGGGUUGAAGCAGCAGAGACCUACUUCAAUAACCUAUCUGACAAAGAUAAGACAGAGAAACCCUAUGGUGCACUUCUCAACUGCUACACACGAGAACUCUUGGUCGACAAAGCGUUGGCCCAUUUUCGGAAUAUGAAAGAGCUGGGUUUCGUGUUCUCCACGCUCCCCUACAAUGACCUCAUGGGCCUCUAUACCAGAAUAGGGCAGCACGAGAGGGUCCCUUCGGUGAUGGCAGAAAUGAAAAGCAAUGGGAUUGUUCCUGAUAAUUUUAGCUACAGAAUAUGCAUAAAUUCUUAUGGCACAAGAGCAGACUUUUUUGGGCUGGAGAACACCCUGGAGGAGAUGGAAUGUGAGCCUCAGAUUGUUGUUGACUGGAAUACCUAUGCUGUUGUGGCAAGCAACUACAUUAAGGGUGACCUAAGGGAGAAGGCAUACUCUGCGUUAAGCAAAGCAGAAGCAAAACUGGAUAAACAGGAUCCUGAUGCAUAUAGGCACCUGAUUUCCCUGUAUGGCAACCUUGGGGACAAAUCAGAAGCCAAGAGGCUAUGGGCGGUGCAAAUGUCGAACUGUAAGAGGUACAUUAACAGGGACUACAUGAAUAUGCUUUCGGUGCUCGUGAAGCUUGAUGAGAUCACAGAAGCUGAAGACUUGCUGAAGGAGUGGGAGUCUAGCCAAAACUCAUUCGACUUCCGUGUCCCAAACGUCCUGCUCACAGGGUACCGCCAGAAGGCCUUGCUGGACAAGGCCGAGAUGCUGCUCGACGGCUUCUUGAAGAAGGGAAAGACGCCUCCUUCGACCAGCUGGGGGAUUGUGGCAAUCGGCUAUGCGGAGAAAGGUGAUGUGGCGAAAGCUUAUGAGAUGACCAAGAACGCCCUCUCUGUGCACGCCCCCAAUACUGGCUGGAUCCCUAGGCCUUCCAUGCUUGAGAUGAUACUUAAGUACCUCGGAGACGAGGGGGAGGUCAAGGAUGUCGAAGCUUUCGUUAGUCUGCUGAAAGCUGCUGUGCCAGUGGACUCUGAUAUGACCGAGGCUUUGUCGAGGGCUCGGGCUCGUGCGAGGGAAGAAAGGAAGGCUGAAGAGGCAACGGAAGCUCCUCGCGGGGAUGUUAUUGCCUGAGCUGGUUGUCGGUGUUUCAGCGCUGCUGUCUGAUCCUAUGUGCUAGUAGUAGAAUAAAUUAAUACUGUAGUUAGUUAUAAUCCUUCCUUUGAUAGCUCCUUGUUUUCAUUAGCUAUAAGUUUUAUGUUGGUGUUUGGUUCGCCACUUCGUAAUAACUAUAGUUAUCAUAUCAAUGAUGCGAAGCGAUACCCGUUUUGGCUGAAC